AUGAUGGUCCCUAGAGCUUUUCUUUUUACCUCUGUGCCAUCGCCGAUACCUUCCCGGAAGCCUGGCAAAAGAAAUCAACCGUCGAAAUCCACACGAGACUUCGUCGCGGUGCAAGAUAUCUCAGGACUGGACCUCCCCGACAAGGAGGCAUCAGAAAUAAUACAGACCACCAGGCCCGUUUUUAUCCCCCCUAAACGCGGCCGCCGUGGUUCAACGGUGCAUUCGGAUUCUGGCAACAAUGGUCCUAAAGUACCAAAGAACUCAAGGACCGUUCGCAGACCGUCAAUCGCCUCGAUUCUAGAGGCUACUGCAAUCCCAGUUCCUCGACGCAACUGGACCAUUCGGGAGUCUCGCAAACUACCCCGAGGUAAUCAUGUGCAGGAUUUCAGCAGACUGUUAAUGGACGGGGUUGAAUCCAGAGAGAGCCACCUUCUAGAAGGCGCCGGGAACACUCCGCUCGACAUCCUUUUAAGCCCCCCCGAAGGAAGUGACAAGUCGGUUAUUGGAAGCGAUUGUGAUAGCGAAACACCGUCGUUUUCUGGCCGUUCCAUGUCACUUGAAUCGACACCAUCACUGGACCCUGGCAUGGAGUCCCCCGACUCGACCUUGUCAGCUCUGCUCACUCCUUCCAGUCACCGUAGCCCAUCCGAGAGACGGUAUCGACGUUGGUCGCAGUGUGAGAACUGUGCAUUCGACCAUCCGCUACUUGAAACAGAAUCCCCUGACCCUGGUGAGGAUGGUGAUGAUGAGCCGACAACUCCGAGCUCGAUCACCCCUAGAUCUACAGCGCCACUGUCCCGGUCAUUCCCACGACUUGGGUCAACGUUCAAGUCUAAUUUAACAGCCUCGUUGCGAGCUAUUAAAUCUGCGGCACAGUCGGUGUCCACAUUCGCAACUCCUUCGGUGCAACCCGAUGAUUUCCUUACGCGAUCUUUAUUUACAAUCUCCCCAGAGAUGACGGACGACCGUCGGCCUCCGCCCAUGGAGGAACCCCCAUCGCCGGCGCUACGGCGGUACCUCAACCCAAUCAUAGCGUCACCGGCGGAAAUGUAUCCCUACCAGGACCACCCGCAUGAAUCGCUUGAUCCUCGAAAUUGCCCUGUCUCCGUGCAAAUGCAGACUUAUCGCCGCUCGAGCAAGCGCGGUAGCCGAAAGAGUGGUUUCCCCCUGGUUUGUUUUGAGGGUCGAGAAGAACAGUUUCUACCGUUUGACCCUGAGAUUCCCCCAAUAACACGUCAGCGGGAACCGCGAGAGAACAGUGACUUUUUACGCAUGGUGGUUCUGGAAAUGAACAUGAGACGCAGCGGUAAACUACGAGAUGAUAUUCCCACUCGGGCCCGAGUCUGGCUCCCUCCGCGCAAAGGCAAUCAGAACCGGUUCAAUCCUUACGAUUCCUACGAAGAUGUAGAAGAAAAUUCCAUCCCAUCACGAUGGGUAGGAGUUUCAGUGGGAGGAGUAUAA